CUCUCUUCCGGUUUCCGUUCCGGAGACCGUUCACCAGCUUGAAUUUUGCGGUAAACUGCGUUAAGUAUUUGAUAAAUGUAUCAUUUUAUCGCCAUUUAACCCAAAAAAUGAACCAGAAAUCGAGGCCCGGUUUAACUAAUGUUUCCUUCAGACAUGCGCAAAAGUGCCGCAAAGUGUAACAUGUGGAAAUGUUGUGCGCAUUUCAACCAACAGCUACAGUGAUACUUGGGUUGAUAGUUGAACUUCCUCAUUGUGAUUCAGCCCUCAGACAGUAGCGGCCUGUAGCUCACCAACAUGUCUCGUAAACAGUCGCUUAAAUCCGGGCAGGACUUUAUUGCAUUUCUGGGAGACAGAAUAUCCAAUAGUAUCUCUAAAGAGGAACUUCGGGCAAUCUACUACGCUGAAUUUAAGGGCAGGAAAGGAUUUAAAGACCCCAGCUUUUCCUCUGUUGUCUACGCCCUAGUGAAGUCCAACAAAGCCAUCUUAAAACAGGAGAAAAUCUAUUUAAAUGUCAAACCUCAGGUUCCAGUGCACUGUGACCAGCCGAGGAGGCCCCGGGCCCCUCAGUCGCCCCACACCCCUGGCUCUGGCUCCAAGAAGAAGACCGCGAAGACACUUUCACCCUCCUCUGCCCCCUCUACCCCGGUGACCCCGGUACUCACUCCAAAGAAAAAGCUGGCAGCGGAAAUCCUGCGCAAGUUAAAGCUGAACAGGAAAAAGAUGACAGCUGACAAGGGCGGCAUUCAAAUCACCUCAGACCCUGCUGCGAUCGGUGGAAAGGUCCAGUUCACUGUGGAGCGUCUGAAGGAGUUGUUCCUCAUCAGGUUUCACAUCGCAAACAAGGGCACACACUGUGUCAACUUCACCUUCUACACUGCCCUGCACAAUAUGCACUGUUUCACUUUGGAGGACGAGAGGAGGGUGACCAGAGCUUGUCCCCUCUUCCUCUCUCCAGGAGAAAGCUAUGAGGUUUUGGUUCGUUACACACUGAAACACUAUGGAUUUUUCCCCACCACGAUGUACUUUGAGUUCUGCGCAGAUCUGCCGGGAGCCGUGCCCUUCUGCAUCGUGAGGGAUAUGGAAGCUGCAGCCAGGACCCCGCUGGCUGUGGAGCUGGGGCCCGUGUCUCCUUACAAACCAUACAAGGUGGUCUCAUACAGGCGUGGGGGCAGAAUGAUAGUGGAGGGAGUUCCACCUGAGAGGCCUGGGGUCCAGCCUUUACAGUCAACAUUGAAAUUAGGAAACUUUAACUACCCCAAAUACCUAAAGGGACUGAGGCUGGAAGACUCUGAGUCUCCAUCAACCAAGCAACACCUGUCAUUAGUGAAGAGUCUCCUUGACGCUCCCUUAAAGAUGAAGAGCUACGCUCAUCGAUUUCACCUCCUGCUACACCUGGAAGAGGUACAGAUGGAGAGGGACAUCCAGAACUAUGACCUCCACAAUCAAACCAUGACCCCUGACCAAUUAAACAAGAAACUGCUUACACUCAGGGUUCCUGGUGUUGCUGAGAAUCGGCCAUCUGUACUACGAGGAGACUGUCUGAAGGUGACCAAAUGUGGAAACGAUGACACCGUGUACAAUGGAUACGUUCACAGUGUGGAGCUGGAUAGUGUGAAGCUGGGCUUCAAUAAGAGAUUGUUGCAGAUUUUUUUCCCCAACAUGAAGUUCGACGUGGAAUUCACCGUCAACCGGUUCUCCUUGAGGCUGCAGCACCGUGCCGUGGACUUGGCAGUAAAGCAUAGGCUGGAAGAGGUGCUGUUCCCGUCUGGUGCAGCAGUGGCUACUCUCCCUAUGCCUAAACUCAGGUGUGAGGCCUACACACACAAAGUUAAUGCUUAUAGAUCACUAGUUGAUGAGUAAGGGAUAAUGUGCAGCGAGGC